UCAUCAUAGCCUGUCAUGUUCAUGUGUGCGUAUAACCUCAAAAAUAGUUUUGAUUUGUUUAUGUAUUAAUAUUUUAGAUAUUUACAGUGAACCAUGGAUGAUUUACAAUUAAAUAUUACAGUUUCUAAAAAGGUUCCAAAGAAACAAACUGCCCAUAAUAAAAGUGCUAAAGAAUUCAAGUUUGUCUCAAAACCAGAGUUUACUGGUAAGACAAUCGCCAGAAAAAGGCCCCAGAAUCUUAUUCACCAACAGGGGUACGGAAAAAAGCAUGAUGGAGAGCCUCAAAAUAAGGUUGCUAAGGUUGCAGAGCCUCAAGAAAAAUCAAGUGAGACUUCCAGUAAUUUGCGUGAUUUAAGUGAAAAUAAAGGAAAAUUUCAUGGGAAAAACUACCAACACCUCAGUGAUGAUAUCCAGCUGAAGCAGAAACCUAGAAGUGGUGGGUGGAUAUCUUCACUAUUCAAGAACAACCCUGGGGUGCCGCGGCUAGGACAGAGAGCCGUGAAGCCCCUUGUAGAAAAAGUGUUUACUGGGAAGAACUUCUCCGAUUUGGAUAUACACCCGCACUGUGUUGCAAACUUGCAGCAGAACCUUAAUUUAAAGGAAAUGAUGACAGUGCAACAGAAAGCUAUUCCCGUCAUCUUGCAAGGAAGAGAUGUUUUAAUAAGGUCACAGACAGGGUCCGGUAAGACACUAUCAUAUGCGCUUCCCAUUAUUGAAGGACUACAAGCAAUAAGGCCCAAGAUCAACCGGCAUGACGGCAUCAGAGUUGUGAUAGUUGUGCCCACCAGGGAGCUCGCCGUACAGACUUAUGAGUUGCUCAUAAAACUGGUCAAGCCUUUCACAUGGCUGGUGCCAGGACUUUUAAGUGGUGGUCAGAAAAGGAAGUCUGAAAAAGCAAUAUUGAGGAAAGGAUUAAAUGUGUUAGUGGGCACACCUGGGCGAAUUAAUGACCAUCUGAGGCAUACACAAUCCUUGAAUUUCUGUAAAACAGGUUGCCUGGUAUUAGAUGAAGCUGAUCGUUUACUAGACAUGGGCUAUGAAAAAGAUGUAGCAGCCAUAGUCAAAGCUAUUGAAGACCAUAAGAAGAAUGCAGCCUAUGAUCCUAUGGCUCUUGUCAAAAAAACAUUUAUUAAAAACCCAGAUGAAGAGGGAGGUGAAGAAGUUCCUGAUGAUAAAAGCGGUGAAGAAAAAUAUAAACAUCAUUUAACUGAAAUAUUUCUUUCAAAAGAAAGACAAACAAUAUUGCUAUCUGCUACACUUACUAAGGCUGUUGAAAAUUUAGCAGGAAUUACAAUGGUAGACCCAGUGUUUAUAGAUACAUCUGAGGGUCGAGCUGUCAUUGCAGACUCUUUAAACCCCAAACUAGACAAACCCGGAAAUGUUACUAAAGUCAGUGAACCUACUAAGAAGAAAGAGAAAGUUGUAAAAGAAGAAUCUAUGGAAGAAGAUGAUGAAAGUACAGCUACAAAAGAAGUUGAAAAAGAAGAGAAGAGAGGAGGACUCAAUCACGCAGAUUUGAUCACUGAUGCCACCAAACUAAAUAAGAAGAAAACGAAAGUACCAGCCACUGCUGCUGAAGAUAGCGACAGUGACUCGGACUACGAAUACUUCAAAGUCCAAAAAGAACUUGAAACGAAAAAGGGAACAGUUGACAUGGACACUGACGAAGAAGAGGAACACCAGAAAGUGAACACAUUUAAUGACGCUUUAAAAUCUGCAAUCCAAGAGGAUGAGUUGGUUCUGCCAUCGUCAGUCAAUCAGACAUUCAUGGUAGUCCCAAUGAAGUUGAGGCUAGUGACUCUGUGUGCUCUCAUAGUGGAACAUUGCGUCAACAACAAGAAGGGCGGUAAAAUGAUUGUGUUCAUGGCCACAUUGGAGAUGGUGGACUACCACUCGGAGCUGAUAGAGACAGUGUUGACGGGGGAGAAGGUGAAGGUUAAGAAGAAAGACAAUAAAAAGUCAAAGAAGAAAAAGUCUGACGACCAAAGUGAUGAGGACUCGUCCUCAUCAGACUCGGACUUCGCAGCCGACUACCAGCAGGAGGGCUCGCUGGUCCCCGUAGAGCUGGAGAUGUUCAGCCUGCACGGCUCCAUGCCGCACGAGCGUCGCAUGGAGGUCUUCAAGCAGUUCCGGCUGGCCAAGCGGGGCGUGCUCAUUUGUACCGACGUGGCGGCGCGCGGGAUCGACGUGCCUCGCGUGGACCUGGUGCUGCAGUACUGCGCGCCCGCCUCCGCCACCGACUACGUGCACAGGGUGGGCCGCACGGGGCGCGCGACUGCGGUGGGAGCGGCCGUGCUGAUGCUGCUGCCCAGCGAGACCGACUUCGUCAGGUAUCUCGAGGAGAAGCGGAUACGUCUCCGCCAAUCGGACGAGAGCAGCGCACUAGAAGCCCUGCGCUCAGUGGCGGUGGCCACCACCACGCCGCGCGCCGCCGUGGCCGUGCAGGCGCGCCUCGAGGCCACCGCGCACAGUAACCGCGACUGGCUCGCCCGCGCCAGCAGAGCCUACACCUCCUGGGUGCGGUUCUACUCGGGAUACCCGCGCGACGUGCGAGAACAUCUCGACGCUCGCAAGCUGCACCUCGGCCACGCCGCCAAGGCCUUCGCCCUGCGCGACACGCCCGCCGCUCUCGCGAAGAGGACCAAGAAUGACCCGGAGCUGCAGAAGGAGAAGCCCAAGAACAGGCUGACGGUGCAUGAGGAGGAAGAGAAGAAAAGGCCCGGGUUCCCCCGCGUGAAAGUGGGCUCCCUCGCCAAGUUGACCAACAAGCAGAGCUCCAUGCACACGGCCAGCGAGUUCGACAGCGGCCUCGAGCCCGUGGACCACCAGCCCAAGCGGAACAAGAAGAAAAACAAGUGACAGUAAAGAGGUUAUUAUAUACUUCUUGAGGUUUGACGUUUCAACUACUUGAUGU